AUGUUUUCCAUCGGAAUCCGCCCUAUUCAUGGGGGCGGUGCGCGUUGUCGCUCGCUGUGGACGCCCCUGUCCGAUUUGGCGACCCUGUCCACCGCUCGCUUCGUGCAACCUACUACCGGUAGUAGGCUCGCCUGGCCAAGAGGUCCCAGCUUCAGACAUUCAUCGAGCCUCAAGAAACCUCGCACCGACCCGACGAACCUCCUUGCACAGCAACGCCUGAGGCGUCCUGUCUCCCCUCACCUGUCCAUCUACCGGCCGCAGAUUACGUGGAUCGUCAGCGUCACAACUCGGAUCACUGGCCUGGCGCUCUCCGGGGGACUAUAUCUCUAUGCGACAGCCUAUCUCCUCUCGCCCGUUACCGGAUGGGAUAUCGGGUCUCAGUCGUUGGUGGCGGCUUUCAGCGGUCUUCCCCCAGUGGCUCAGUUCGCAGUGAAGUUUGGGGUCGCCCUCCCGUUUGUGUUUCAUAGCUUCAAUGGCAUCCGCCACCUCGUCUGGGAUUCGGGGCGGAUGCUCACCAACCCGCAGGUGUCCCGCAGUGGUUGGACGGUAGUCGGCUCCUCAAUUGUGAUAGCGCUGCUCCUGGCAGCUUGGAAGCCCAGUGAUGAGGCGUAG